AUGAAGGUCAAAAGAGAAGAUAAUAGUGACGAGGACUUUCUAAAAGCUUCUGCUAAUUCCAAAAAAAGGAAGGUUAAAAGUAAUUUGGAAGAACGUUCAAUAAAUACUCAAUCUUCAGGAACGGGCGGCCUUUGCGAAUCAUUUAAAAAAAUCUAUCAACUAUUUCAAUUCAUAAACACAACAUAUACCUUUCUUAAUGCUAGAAACUGUCUUAUUAUCACGUUUCCUAUGCUCGAGUCCGCAUACAAAAGUGCCUUUCAAAAAGAUUUAACGAUCACGGAUUUGGUUAAACUACAACUUAUAUGCCCGAAGCUGGUCAAUUUUCAGUAUAAAUCUGUUGAAGGAUUGGCUCUUGCAAUAAACAAAAAUACCCAAGCGAAGGAAAUCUUUGAUGGACUUAUUGAAGGUCAAACGUAUAUUCUCGUUUUCGAGCUAUCUGAAGGCAAUAAAGGAAAGGGCCGAGGUGGCCAUAACUCGAAAAAUCCCACUAUGAAAAGUCAAAUUCAUAAGCAAUUGCUUUCAAUAGACUAUCUUAAAAAAGUCAUAAAGAAAAGGAACCUUAUCUUUGAAGAAUGCCUUAACAAUUACUACGACCGUUUGGUAUGCACGAAAAAAGAUCCAGAUUCGGAACUAGACCGUGAAGCCAAUUUACAUAUACCCAUUUCUCCAACCGACUUUGAUGAUAGCGUAUCCGUUAAAUCAGAAAUAGUUCCUCUCCAAACAAAGCCAGAGACUAUUGAUGAAAUUCUUGAUCUGUUAAGGGGGAUUAAAGACUAUGAAAAUCAAAUCGUGGAUGAGGGUACCUAUUCUACAGAAGCAAAAGCCUGCAAGGUUGGAUUUCUUUCGAAACAACUGUCUCAAGAAUUGAUAGACGCACUUUACUCCGCCAAUGGAAUAAAAGAGAUAUAUGAACAUCAAGCCCUAGCCAUAAAUUGGUUAUGGGAAAGACAUAAUGUGAUUGUCUCAACAGCAACUUCAAGCGGAAAGUCAUUAGUUUAUCAGCUUCCUAUAUUACAUGAUUUACAAAAUGACCCUGAAACUACUGCUCUAAUUGUGUUUCCCACGAAAGCCCUUGCUCAAGACCAAAAAAGAUCGUUACAAGAAGUACUCAGCUACAUGCCAUCUCUUUCGUUCGUACAAGUUGAAACAUUUGAUGGUGACACACCAAUUGAACGUCGGGAAAACAUCAUCGAGAAAUGCAAUAUCAUCUUCACAAACCCAGAUAUGCUGCACCAGACGAUUUUACCUCGGCAUGAUAAAUGGUACAGAUUUCUCAAAAAUUUACGGUAUUUCAUCCUGGAUGAAAUUCACGUUUACAACGGAAUCUUCGGAGUUCAUGUUUCUUUUAUUUUAAGAAGGUUAAGACGUCUUUGCUGCUAUUUGGGUAACGAUAAUUGUCGAUUUGUUUCUUGUUCGGCGACAAUCAAUGACCCUCAGAGGCACAUGCAAACCAUCAUUGGCACAAAAGACGUCAGCGUCGUUGAUUUCACAGCUUCACCUUGUGGUGAAAAGCUGUACGUUAUGUGGAACCCACCAUAUACAGAUCCUUCAGACCCUUCCAAGGGCCGUAAAAGUGCUCUGCAUGAAGCAAGCAAGUUAUUUAUUUUACUUGUGGAGCGCAACGUUCGUACAAUUGUCUUUUGUCGUGUUCGAAAAUCCUGCGAAACAUUAAUGCAGGCUGUUUUAACGGAGCUGAAGCAAGAAAAAAAGGACCAUUUGAUACCCAAAAUCCAGAGUUAUCGUGCGGGUUACACUCUUUCUGAUAGACGUCUAAUCGAGAAAAAGAUGUUUGACGGUGAAUUACUGGGGAUAAUUGCAACGAACGCUUUGGAGCUAGGUAUCGACAUUGGCAGUUUGGAUGCAGUAGUUACCCUUGGAUUCCCAUACUCAAUUAGCAAUCUAAAACAACAAUUUGGACGUGCAGGUAGAAGAAACAAAUUAUCACUAGCAGUUUAUGUUGUUGAAACAUUCCCAAUGGAUCAGUACUAUUUGCAACAUCCAGAAGAUUUACGUUACGGUUCAAAAGCAGAGUUAACGGUGGACCUUUCAAAUGAAUUACUGUUGUCACAUCAUCUGCAGUGUGCCGCAAGUGAAUUUCCAGUCAAUCCAGAAACGGAUUCCAAGUUUUUUGGUUCUUUGACUAAAAAAGUUGCACGAGAAAAGCUGUUAGGAGACGAGCAGGGAUUAUACCAUCCGCAUCCUAGCUACCUUCCCUACCCUGCUACUCAAGUGAAAAUUCGUAACAUCAGUGAGGAUAUGUAUACGCUGGUGGACGUUACAAAUGGACAACUCAAACAUCUGGAGGACCUCGAACCGUUUCGAGUAGCACUUACCGCAUAUGAAGGUGCUGUAUACAUCUACCAAGGAAGAACAUUCAUUAUCAGAAACUUGGACAUCGACCGUCGACGGAUAGAAGCCCAACGUGUAGAUGUAGAUUGGAUCACUGCGCAAAGAGAUUACACAGAUGUUGAUCCAACCAGGACAUUUGCUCGUUUCCCUUUGUUUGGCGGCGCUUCGCAAGCGUAUUUUGGAAAUGUUCGAGCUGCCCUACACGUUUUCGGAUACUUUAAAAUUAAUAAGAAGAGAGAAAUUAUUGAUACAGUUGAUAUCGUCGACAAGCCCGUGAUCAUUGAUAGUAAGGGUUUUUGGAUUGACGUCCCAUGGCACAUCAUUGAACUUCUCUCGUGGAAAAAAAUAAAUGGUGCAGCAAGUAUCCACGCUGCUGAGCAUGCACUUUUGUCUCUCAUGCCACUUUACAUCAGUAAUGGUGGUAAUGAUAUUCGUACUGAAUGCAAAGCUGGUGAAAAGGAAUUCAAGCAAAGCGACUCCCAACGCCGGAGACCUGCCCGUCUCAUUUAUUAUGACGAUGCAGGGGACACAGCUGGCGCGGGUUUGUGUCAAAGGGCUGUACUUCAUUUGAAAGAAUUAAUGUCUCUUGCUAUAGAACGGCUAGAAUCGUGCCAGUGUACGCAACCAGAGGGCUGUGUCCAGUGCAUUACUACGUCAAAGUUCGCGGGGGGAACAUGUUCUGGCGAAGUCCUUGACAAACACGGUGCUUACAUUUUACUCAAAAUGCUUAUGGGACAAUCUGUCAAUCUGGAUAAAAUUCCUGAUGGACCUGAACCGGACGAAGCACACGCCAUACGCACGUUAAUACCAUUUUCGUGA